CCGACUGAAGAUAAGCCACUGACUUUCCUGUGAAGACCUUGAUUCUGCAAAGUCCUAAAUCCCAAUAUAAGAUUAAACCCUGAUCCUAAUUCCUAACCCUAAUUUUGUUGUCUAAAUCGGAGCUGCUCAAUUGGUGACGUUGAGCAUGGCGCUUCAUGGAUCUAGCUUCUGUUGCAAGGGAAAUGUCUUUUCUAUGGAGCUUACUACUAUGCCUCGUUUAGGCAUUAAGAGUUUUAAGAAGCUUGCUCAUCUUUCAUCAACUUUUCCGAAGCAAUCCAGUUAUGCAGUUGCCGAGUAUUCUAAAAGAAGGCAAAAAUUCCAGCUUUUUCCUGGUUGUUGUCAUCUCGAUAUGCGAAAUGGAAGUUCCACAAUCUUGAUUCAGAAUUCACGUCUCCUUUCGUUGAGACCAUGCCAAGUUAAAGGGGAGGAUGUAGAAGGCAGCUCAAGUGGUGAGAGCCUCAUACUUGACCUCGAAACUUUGGAGCGGGAUCUGAAUAUUGCCAUUGCUGAGGAGAACUAUGCCAAAGCAGCAAGAAUUAGGGACAGCCUCAAACUUCUCCAAGAGGACAGCAAUACUGCCGUACUGGCUGCAAAUGCUCGAUUUUACGAUGCAUUCAGAUGUGGCGAUCUUGCUAGGAUGCAAACCCUUUGGGCAAAAGGUGAUGAGGUUUGUUGUGUGCACCCAGGUCCGAGGGGAAUAUCUGGUUAUGAUGAUGUAAUGACUAGUUGGGAAUAUGUAUGGGCAAACUAUGAAUUUCCUCUGUUUAUUGAGCUAAAAGAUAUUAAAGUUCAUGUUAGAGGUGAUAUGGGAUAUGUCAACUGCGUGGAAUUGGUUAAGACAAAAGGUAGCAGUUGGGGGGGACAGUUUGUGACAAACGUGUUCGAGAGGAUUGAUGGUCAAUGGUUUAUCUCUAUUCACCAUGCUUCACCUAUUGACUUGUGAAGUUUGUAGUUUUCAAUGCUUGCAGCAAUGAGUUUCGGUACAAUGUGCCAUAGAGUAGAGAUAAAGAACUCUUUCAUUGUAUUCUUUAGUCAAAUUAUGGUAUGAAAAAUAUAAAGAACUCUUUGUGAUCUUAUUCUUGA